AUCCCACACACACUCACACACACACAGAGGGAGAGAGAUUAAUGCUGCGAGCCACUACCUGCUGAAUCUGCUGUCUCCGUGGAAACGCCGAUGAGCCACAAUAAGGAGGCGAAGAGUAGGAUUCCCCAGCCAGACGGUCCCGAGCGCGCAAAGGAGGAGGAGAGGAGCCACUCUGAUUCGCUGGCAGCCAUGGACGCCAAAGUGGAGCGCUUUCUCAAGUUAGGAUACUCUUACGGCGACAUCCUCAGGGUACUGGAGAGCCUCCGGCACGACGCCCAGACCAAUGACAUCUUGGAGGAGCUGAUAAAGACGUGCCACACUCGCACCCACAACAACAGGAGCGUGCCAAACAGCCCCAAGCUGGUGCCCAGAGGCUGCAGCCCCAGCCCCAGCCCCAGCCAAGCCAGACCGGGACCGGACAGAGAAGCGGCAGCUGGAUUCAGACCGGUGGUUAUAGACGGCAGCAACGUGGCCAUGAGCCACGGCAACAAGAAGGUGUUUUCGUGCCAGGGUCUCCAGCUGGCAGUAAACUGGUUUUGGGACAAAGGGAUGCGCGACAUCACCGUGUUCGUCCCCUUGUGGAGGAAGGAGCAGCCGAAGCCUGAGGCGCCCAUCACAGAUCAACAUAUUCUCCACGAGUUGGAGAGGAGGAAGAUCCUGGUGUACACGCCGUCCCGCUGCGUAAAUGGGAAGAGGGUGGUGUGCUACGAUGACCGCUACAUAGUCAAGCUGGCCUUUGACUCAGAUGGCAUCAUCGUGUCCAAUGACAACUACCGCGACCUGCAGACAGAGAACCUCCAGUGGAAGAAAUUCAUAGAGGAGAGGCUGCUGAUGUACACAUUCGCCAAUGACAAGUUUAUGCCUCCAGAUGAUCCUCUGGGCAGGAAUGGUCCCACUAUUGAUGAUUUUCUGAGAAAGAAGCCACGCACCCCAGAAAACAAGCUGCAGCAUUGUCCAUAUGGAAAGAAAUGCACUUAUGGAGUAAAGUGUAAGUUCUACCAUCCAGAGAGGGCCAACCAGUCCCAGUUGUCAGUGGCUGAUGAGCUGAGGGCCCUAAGAGACAGAGACAGAGCCAAGAACAUCUCCCCUGCUGCAUAUCAGCAGGAGCACAGGUACAUCUCCUCCACCCCUCCACCUCUGGGCAUAGAUGAGCUGUCACACAGGGCUUCGCCAGGGGAGCAGUCCAUCUGUCAGAGGGACACCAGCAGCCCGAGAAACCAAAUGAACUCAAGUCUCCAACACUGCCCGAGCCCAGAUAUAGAUGAAGCCUUCAGCUCCAUGGACAGCUCUCUGUCCAGGCUCUAUAUCCAUGACAUGGCCUACAGCAGGGAGCAGCCUGUGCACAGCUGCAGCAGCGGGGUGGCCAGCUACAGCCUGAGUCAAGAUGAGUACUCUGGGUCGUAUGGUGGCAACGCCCCGAGGAUCUGCCUGAAUGGGGGUUACUACGCUCAGCCAAAUGGACUGGCAUCGCGUGAGCCCCCCACGUGCAGUCAAUGCAGGUGCUGUCACCAGCAGACCAGACUAUCCCCAAACAGCCACCACCAGCAGCAGCAGCAGCACCACCACCACCUCCAGCAGCAUGGAUGGAGCUCAUGUCCAGCUCUACCACCACAUAAUGGGGAGCGUCCCUCUCAUUUUGCAGAGAAGCAGUACUACAGACAGCCCUCCCACAGACAGACCCACAGCUUGCCCAGGGACCCAUGGGUGCAGGGCAGCCUGUCUGACCCUAGGCUGAGCAGUGGGGCUAAGAGCCCAUUGAGCGAGCGGAGGAAGGCUCUGAGGAUCCAGCUUAGCACCCUAUUCCCCCAGAACAUGGUAGAGCAAGUCAUGAAUGCUUACCCGCACGUGUCCGACAUGUCUGAACUGAUUUCUCUCAUCCAGAACUACAGAGCGAGCCACAUCACUUUCUAGAUCCCAAGGACCUUUUUUUUUUUUUUUUUUUACAUUUCUUCAAACCGAGCCCACGUUGGAGUUCUCAAUUCAAAAGAAAAGUGAAAACUGAAGAACGAGAGCACUUCUCGAAAUUACUGUGAAUUCAUUAUGACAGUUUGUACUGUGCAAAAUGAUUUGUCUUGCUUGAACAUGAUGCAAACUUACCCUUCAUUUGAAGCAUUACAAAGUGACAUGAUCUGCAGAAAAUAUAGCAGAUUGAAUGCUCUCUCUUUAUCCUAGUGUAAAAGUGCAAUGCACUAAGCUCCAUACAAGCUACUUAUUGUAGCCUAAAAUUUUAUUUUGUUUGUUUUAAAUAAAAGCAGCAUGUGUUGUUUUCCCAUGUUGCCUCAAAGUGAGGAACGCUAUAUUCUAUAUUUCUGUAAAGAAUGUCAUUGAUCUGUUUUUAAUAUGAA